AUGGGGUACAACCUGUCCUAUGGACCGCCACCAGAGGAGCACCUGAGCACAGUCGCCAGCGCCGCCCCCAACCGCUCGGCGGGCCCCCCCGGGAACGCCACGCAGGACGAGUUCACCACCAUCGUCCUUCCUGUGCUCUACCUGGUCAUCUUCCUGGCAAGCAUCCUGCUGAACGGCCUGGCGGUGUGGAUUUUCUUCCACAUCAGAAACAAAACGAGCUUUAUAUUUUACCUCAAGAACAUUGUGGUCGCAGACCUUCUCAUGACGCUGACGUUCCCAUUUAAGAUAAUCCAGGACUCCCAGCUGGGACCGUGGCACUUCAACUCGUUCCUGUGCCGAUACACGACAGUUCUGUUCUACGCCAACAUGUACACCACCAUUGUCUUCCUCGGGCUCAUCAGCAUCGACCGCUACCUGAAGGUUGUGAAGCCCUUUGGGGACUCCAGGAUGUACAGCAUCACCUUCACCAAGGUGCUCUCCGCCUGUGUCUGGGUGGUGAUGGCCUUCCUCUCCCUGCCCAACCUCAUCCUCACCAACGGCUACCCCACGAGGAGGAACAUCGACGACUGCAUCAAGCUGAAGUCUCCCUUGGGCGUCAAGUGGCACACAGCCGUCAUUUACAUCAACACCUGCACCUUCAUGGUGGUGCUAAUAGUGCUCAUAGGGUGUUACAUUGCCAUAUCCAGGUACAUUUAUAAAUCGAGCAAACAGUUCAUUAGCUCGUCGAGCAGAAAGAGAAAGCAUAACCAAAGCAUCAGGGUUGUCGUGGCUGUGUUCUUCACCUGUUUCCUGCCGUACCACUUGUGCAGGAUACCCUUCACCUUCAGCCAUCUGGAUAAACUGCUGGACGACUCUGCACACAAAAUCUUGUAUUACUGUAAGGAAAUGACACUGUUCCUGUCUGCAUGUAAUGUUUGUCUAGAUCCAAUCAUUUACUUUUUCAUGUGUAGAUCGUUCUCACGAAGGCUGUUCAGGAAAUCAAAUAUGAGAACCAGGAGUGAGAGCAUCAGGUCUCUGCAGAGCGUCAGGAGGUCCGAAGUGCGCAUCUACCACGAAUACACCGACGUCUGA